AUGGCCCCCCCAAUCCCCCUCCCCAAAUACGUUUACAAAAUCACCCCCUCCCCACCCCCCUCCCCCCUCCCAGAAUCCUACCCGGCCUCCGACCUCGACGCCCGAGACGGCUUCAUCCACCUCAGCACGGCCGCGCAGAUCCCCGUGACCGCGGGGCUCUUCUUCGCCGGCGACGCCGCCAUCUGGGUCAUCAAGGUGCGCCUGGGCCCGCACCUCGCCGCCGCCACGCGGUGGGAGGACUCGCUUCCCGGCUGCCCGCACCUGCACGGCCGGUCGUUUGGGCGCGCCGACAUUGAGGGCGUGGCCGAGUUUCGGAGGGAGGGGGGAGGGGACUGGGCGGAGGUGCUGGGGCGGGAGGGGAAGGGGUUUCUGGAGUGA